UAUUCGAUGUUUACGUCCGCCUAUUUAAUUGUUUCUUUCCCUUUAAACAGAGGGCUUGUAAGGAGUUCUUCCAGCUGCACACUUUAAAGAUUAGUGGGCUUUCAUUCAGCGAACAGUAGUUGUUUACUCCUCCAGAAACAGGGUUCAGGCGGGGAGCAGUUCUGGAUAAACUAAGACGAGACUUACAUGCUACUAGCUACUAGCGGCAGGAUGCGCACUGGCAACGAGAACGUCAGGCCCCGCCGGUCGCUCCACCUAUCGGUAGCUUUUCCGUAUGCAAAUGACCUCGCUCCCAAAAUGGAAAUUGACCUGCCGACCUCAAUUGCAAGUCGGUGCCAUGAUUUUUGAGUGCGGUGGAUUAGGAUAGUGCUGUAGGCCUCGUUGAUUUGAUGCAUUACUCUGGUCCAUGUGAAGACUUUCUGUGAAUGUCGACAAAUGUGAGGAACGAUGAAGGCGAUCAUCUUCUCUUCUUGAUAAGAGUGUGUGGUUCGCCAAAAUGGCCGUGGGUGUGCGCUUGAAAAGUUGCGGCUCGACAACGGCAGGUCGCCAGCUUGGAUUAUUGCUUAUUUUGGCUCUUGCACAUGCAGGGGUUGGGGGUGAGGGAGGAGUGCCAUUUUUCAGAGACUUUCACUUUCGAGAGGAGCCCCGCUCCCUGGUGACAGCCGCGAGUCAGACAGCAGUGUUAAAUUGCUCGGCUGUGCAAGGGCAGGCCACUCCUCAAAUUACCUGGCUAAAAGAUGGCAACAAGCUGCAGUUACAAGAUGACCCUCGAAGGUAUGUGCUGGUCAAUGGCUCCUUGUUCUUCAAAUCAGUACGAAAAAGUGGGGACACAGACAAAGGGGACUAUCAAUGUAAAGCCACUGUUGAAGACUUGGGCACAAUUGUCAGCCGCACAGCUAGAUUGGAUAUAGCAUACUUGCGCCAGCUGGACCCUGAACCUGUUGACGUUAGUGUGGGACUAAACGACACGGCCAUGUUUGAGUGCAUGGCAGAAGGUUUGCCUACCCCACAGGUGCGAUGGUUUAAAAGCAGCUGGCUACUGCAACCAAGUUCCAAUGUGCGUAUCUACCCAACUGGUACUCUGGAAAUUUCCUUGGUGCAGCCAGGGGAUGUAAAUACUUACUACUGUGAGGUGCAAAGCUCAGAACGACUUCGUAGGAGCCAGCGAGUGCGCCUCAGCAUACAAGAACUAAGUCAGGAGGUUGCUAGCAAGGCACCUGAGUUUUCGAUGAGGCCUCGGGACCAGCGUGUGGUUGUGGGUGAAGCAGCAUACUUUCAUUGUGCAGCAAAAGGGAGAGACCAUCAGGGGAAACCACCUUUAUUAUCUUGGCUAAGAGAUGGAAUAACUAUUGACCUGAGUGUGAACCACACAUCACGCACCCAGCUGCUGGGCACUGGGACACUCCUCAUUAAAGUGCAAGUUGAGGAUGCUGGCAUCUACACAUGAGCACAGAAUGCUGAAGACUCAAUUGAUGCAGAAGCGUCACUCACUGUGCUGGUGCCACCAUAUUUUGUGAAGAAGCCAGGAAAUGUAUUUGCUUACACUCAUUCAGAUGCCACUUUAGAGUGUGAGGUUGCUGGGUUUCCCACACCACAAGUGUCUUGGCUAAAAGAUGGGGAACACCUUUAUCCCAGUGAUUAUUUUCAGCUGAUUUCUGGAGGUCGUCUUAAGAUCCUGGGUCUGAUGAACUCAGAUCAGGGCAUGUACCAGUGUUUUGCUCACAACAAUCUUGGGGAUGUGCAGGCUAGUGCCCAACUGGUUGUCCUCCAGCCAGAAACUCCAUUGCCAACCACACACGCUCCCCAUGCUGCAGCCCUGCCUGCCGGAGCCCUCUACUCGGAUGUCCGAAAGCUGCCUGCGACUCCGACUAACCUAAGAGCGGUGCUAGUGUCCAGAAGGUUCAUCACAGUUUCCUGGCAGCGGCCUGAGAACAGCGGACCCGAUGACAUCAUUGCUUACUCUGUGUAUUGGAGUGCCCAGGGCAGCGAGAGGGAGCGAGUGAGCAACACAACACAGACCGAAUUCAAUAUUCAGCACCUGAAACCAGAUACAUCGUAUGAAGUUCGAGUACGAGCUUACAACAAACAUGGUCCAAGUCAGCGUGAAGCAACAAUUGUUGUCACAACAGACCAUGAAGUGCAUGUACCCAGUCCACCUGUCAACCUAGUGGCCACCCCAUUGUCGUCAUCUGCCAUCUAUGUUCACUGGGGAGUACCUCAAGAACCCAAAGGAGACAUAAGCCAUUACAGCCUUGUGUACUAUCAGGUGGGGUCAACAGGGGAGACCGAGAUCCAGGUGCAGGCAACAGAACAUACUCUGAGCAAUUUAAAUGCUUUCCAAGAGUAUAGUGUGCGAGUGGUAGCACACAAUCAAAUUGGGCCUGGCAUGAGCACAGCAGAAGUUGUUGCUCGCACUUUUUCCACCACACCAACAGCAACACCUGAAAACUUCACCCUAGAGGUCACAAGUGCUACACGCAUAGUUGUACGUUGGCAACCUCCACCACCUGAGACACAGAAUGGGAUUAUAGUGGGCUACAAAAUCCGCUUUAGGGCACAAGGUGAUCGUGGUGGGGACACAGUUGUUACUGAUGGCAACCGAAAUACCUAUGUCCUUACAGACCUAGAGAAAGGGACUAUCUAUCGUGUCAGAAUCUCUGCGAUGACAGUUAAUGGGUCAGGUCCCAUGACCCCAUGGCUGCAGGCCACUACAUACAGCAGCGACCUAGAUGAGAGUCAAGUGCCCCCACGUCCAGCCCGCCUGCAGGCAAAGCCCAUGGCUAACUCCAUCAUUGUGCAGUGGGCUCCACCUGCCCCUGACUCGAACAUCCUUGUCCGAGGUUACAUUUUAGGGUAUGGAAGAGGCAUUGCAGACGUUUACCAAGUUCGUCUGGAUGCAGAUACACAUGACUAUACCAUAAAGAAUUUACAACCAGCAUCAGAGUAUGUGAUCUCCAUCAAGGCCCUUAAUAAUAUAGGAAGUGGACCUAGUCGUUAUGACACAGUGCUUACAAGUGAAGACAUUGUGGAAGAGCCGUCUACUCCAAUGAUGCCUCCCAUAGGACUAAAGGCAAUUGUGUUAACAUCUACUACCAUAGUCCUUACAUGGGCAGAUGAUUCUUUGGGCAAAAGCCAGAAGAUUGUAGACAAUCGCUACUAUACUGUGCGAUACUCUGCUUUGCCUCGUGGACGCAACAAGUAUCAAAAUGCAACAGAUCUUGUUGCACACAUUGAAGGGCUGCGGGCCAACACACAGUACACAUUUGCUGUGCGUGUGAUCAAUGGACGCAGACAGAGCACAUGGUCAAUGUCUGUCACUAACACAACACUGGAGGAUGAACCUGGAUCUGAACCAAGAGACUUAACUCCUGUCACCCUUGAUAACGAUCCUUUAGCUGUUAGUCUCCACUGGCAACCACCUCAGCGUCCUAAUGGCCAGAUCACAGGUUAUCUGAUUUUCUACACCACCGAUGCCCAGCAAGAUGACCGUGACUGGGUUGUGGAAGGAGUGGUAGGAGAGCGCCUGUCAACAGUCAUUGCAGAACUGACACCUGACACAACCUACUAUUUUAAAGUUCAGGCCCGCAAUCGCAAAGGCUAUGGUCCAAUGUCAAACACAGUCAAGUAUCGUACUCCAGCAGUGACUGAGAGUCAGCAGACACAAGGAGAGGAAUCUGGAGGGCUACCUGUGAACAUCAUCAUUAUCAUCAUUGUCUGUGUUGUUGGCAUCGGCUUCUGCGUUGCUAUUGCCCUUAUUACAAUUUUCCUUUGCCGUCGCCGUGAUAAUGCCCAGACCAGAGGCAGUUACAAGUCUCCAGUAAAAGCUGCAAAGGCUGUAAAAGGUUCAGGAAAGGAUGUGCCCCCUGACCUCUGGAUCCAUCAGCCAUCUCACAUGGAGCUGCAGAAUAUGGACAAAGGGCGACGCAGCGAGUCCUCUGUCUCAGUGGCAACAAGUACUCUCCCGCGUGUGUCUCAUACCUCAACAGAACGCCUCGAUGAACUCCCUGGAAAUGCAGAAGUUGAGCGACGGCGCAACUCUUUUGUUGGAGAAAGUGGUUAUCCUUCAAGUGGUGAAGAGAGGUAUCAGCCUGUGCAGCCACGAAACAUCAUCCGCCCAAAGCCCAUAACGCUGCCUGUGGACACCCAAACACCUCCUAGGGAGCCCAUUGCUACUGUGACUGCCCUGCCUAAUGGUCACAUGCUGGGCUAUGGUGAUGGGGGAAUGGCAGGUAUGAGGCCUGUCUACCCCCGUACCCAAUACAACACCCAGUAUGCAGCUCAGCCACCCCGGGUACAUGCAGGCGACAUUCCUCAUUCAGCAGCCAGCCGCAUGACGGGGUCUGCAGUUGACACAGGUGAUGGUGAGGAUCGCAUGGUGGGAGAGAAUGCCGAGGACAACUUCCGCAUCGGCUAUGGACCCCGCUCUCCAGACUCAUCUACAGCAUAUUUCCAUGCACCCAGCGGGGAGACAGCUUCCCAGUUUGCUCCUGGGCGGGGCCCCCGUGGGUUGAACCUGCCUUGCACUUCCCCAGAGGGUGCCCCCACCACCCCCACCCCCAGACACAUCGGCAGGGUCAAGCCUCAGCCCAAUUUAAGUCCCUACAAAAAGCCAUCUGCACCAGUCACUGGACCAGCAAAGACACGAUCUCCAUUGCCAUUCACACCAGGCAAGGCACCCGAUGUCACACAACAUGGCAAAAAGCAGCAGGACUUGACGAAAUCUCUAAGCACUGAGGAGCUGUCAGCUGAGAUGGCCAACCUGGAAGGCCUGAUGAAAGACCUCAAUGCCAUCACUCAGCAAGAAUUUGAAUGCUAGAGAAACAGCUCUCCUCUGCCUCCUGGCUUCUUCCUGCAGUGCCAGAGAGAUGGAUGAACCUGUUGCUCUGGUGCCAUUGCACCAGGUGUUUGCUCAUUAGUGACUAACCUUCACCUUUCUGUGGCCUUGACCUAUGAUACUAAGAUUUUGGCAAGUGCUUGGUACUUAUCUGAACUGCUAAUAACAGUCAGGGUUUGGUGGGCAAGUGCCCAGAUUCUGGAAUUUUACUACACACACAGGACAACACAGUGUCUCAAAAUGUCAACAUCCAGUGCACAUGCUAUGCAAGAGCCAUAUAUCACCAUGGAAACAGAACAUUUUGUGACUGAUCUCUGUUGUUACACUGUAGGUGUUUCUCUGCCUUUGGAAUGAAUUGAAAUGUUCUGUAGGCAAGUCUCAAGGAUGCUGUUUGUCAUCCACUGUGUUGAGUAGUGGGGAUGUUGGCCAAUACUCAAGUGUCUUUUGCUUUUAAUAUUGGUGUGUCUGUGUUUAGACCCAUUACUAGUUGAACAAACAAAUGUUUCAGACACAUCUGUAAAUGGAAGCCCCUCAACCAUGAGCAUUGGUCUUUUUUCCCCUCAUUUGAGUCUUAGUAACUUUAUUAUACAUAUGCCAGCACUCUUUGAACAAUCACCAGGUCUUCCAUCUGUGUCUAAGUAUGCAAAGGUGAAAAGAGAGUGUGCCCAUAAGAGAGAGAGAGUUUGUGUACACCUGCGUGCAUGUGUGUGUGUUUGCACAUGAGCAUGCAUGCACAUGCUUGCAUGUAUGACAAGGACUGCAAGAGAGAAAUCUUGUCCAUGAUAAGCCAAGCAUUAAAUUAUUCUCUUAAUGCCUACUCUGUGACAUGGGCAUGUCUGUUUCUGUGCCAGAAAUGUGGUGGGUACACAAGAAGCAUAGGAGUGCUGUUCAGCUGUGAUCUUACAUCAUCUCUCAGCCUGAAAAAAAUAUUAUUACUGGCUUCAUUCAGAGUCAUUAAUAGAUGGUACAGGUGUUAAGUAUAAUUGCCAUUUCCUUGCCCAAUCAUUGAUGGUCACAGAAUGACAGGCACAGAUGUGAGUGACAGAACUUGUGUGUUUGUGCACUGAUAAAACAUUGUAGAUUUGGAUUUUCUUCCUUGAAGAGAUGGUGAAUGGAUUACUAGGGAGGGAAGACAAAAAUCCCAGAACACUAAAUAACAAAUGCUGCAUUGGAUGUUAUGGCCAUUUUUUAAAUGGAUCCAGUUGUCUGUCAGUUAAAGGUCUGCCUUGCUCUUUAGUUAUGACUAAUGUCUGUCAAAAGUAACACACAAAAAAAAAUACCUCUGUUACAGGAAUAAUUAUUAUCUCACACAAACACUCUAUUCUGCCAUUUAAUCUUAUCAUAAAAUUCAUUUAUCUGUCUUUAGCCUUAUUUACAAACCAUCAGUUUGUGGCUUUUAUCAUUAUAACAUAAACCUUAUAACUCUAUUGUUCAUUUAAUUUACAAGUCAUCAGCCUUUUCAGUGUGUUAAGGUGGUAAACAGAUUGGCAGUGGUUUGCUGUGUUUUGUGUGUCACAUAAAGAAAUGCUUUAGAUCUUUGACACUUUCAAGUAAAUGAUGCAAAGAAACAGUAUUUUGUGUUGUGGGAAAUGACAUUUUGGCUCAGCAUUGACAGAUGGCUCAGCAUUGCAGUCUCCUAUUCAGACAUUGAAGAUGCUCCUUGACAGAUUCACAGAAGAUUUAUAUCACAAACAUGGAGAAUUUAUCAAAAGCAACAAUUUAAAGCACUGGGUGUUAACAUUUUAAAGUGAGGACUGAGCUGUGGUGACUGGAACAAAAUAGGAUGCAGCACUGGAGGUUAUAAUGGUCUCCCUUUUCUUGCUACAUCAGAACUAAUCUGGUUUAAGUGCAGAUAUAUCUUUACAUGAGGACAGAAGUGUACAGGGUGGCCUACAAAAAUGUUAUUUAUUUUUCUCUUAGCCAUGCAGUGUGUUGUGAAUGUGUUUCUGAAAAUAUGUACUUUUAUAUUCAAGUCUCUUUAUUUCAUAACCAAUAUGAGAGUGAAUAUGUGUGUGCAUGCAAUCAUUAGGACCUGAUCACAAAACAUUUUCACACACAAUAAUAUGGUUUUACAAGCCAUCUGCAACAGUGCUGAAAUUGUAGCACAAGUUGUCUGUAUUGCUGUAUAUGUGAUUUCCAUAUUGAAGUUUGUCUACAGAGACACUUAUUUUGCACAGACUGGCUUUGCCAUAAUGUGGAGCUGUUUACAGUUUCUUGGAACAUUAGAUGGGGAAUUUUUCAUAGCUGUGCUGGCAGACAAAGCAAUAGAUAUGGUACCAUUCACAUAGAUGAUUAUAUAGCAUUGGACCAUGUUAUAUACAUCAUACUGUUGGGGUGCAUAUUUUAUGAUGUGAGCAUAUGUUCUGGGAUGAUGCCUUUCAUACCAUUUAUAAUGAUGUAAUUAACAGUCAAGUAUUGGGCACACAGGAAUGAAGACUCAAAGGAUGGUGUGGAGCACAUUACACAAUAGAUAUACAUGUCCCUCAGUUUUAAUAUUAUACAUAAUUGGAAGUUUAUAACAUUGCAGGAAAAUUGUGCAUUUAAUAUUACACAUUAAUUUUAAUGUGAGUUCAUAUUCAUGGCUUUAUAUGGUCUUUGUAGGCUGUACCUUUUAAAGGUCAUCAUUAGCACGCCCUCACAUUUGAUUUUUAGAAUUCCUUGAUCAAAGUAGAACAGGACAUUAGCCAAUGCAAGUUACCACUGAUGAAAAGUGGUGUGUAAAAAAAGAUGUCAUGUCAAUUUUCCUUAUUUUUUAAUGAAGAUGAUAAUCAAAAAAUUUUUUUUUAGCAUCUUUACAUUCAGUGUGGUAAGUAGGAUCUCCACAUGUCUAAUAAGUAUUAGCACAUUCUUAGCAGUCCUUGAUCUUGUAGAUGUAGACUGUGGAAUGGUAAUAUGUCACUAGGCACAUAGUAUGCUGUUUUCAAGCAUCUAUAACAGUAAUGUUUAUAAUUCACCAAAAUUUUUUAAAAUACCAUUUUUUGCACAAAAAAUUAUUUUUUCUUUUAGGCAAUCUUGGGUGAAAAGGGGUAAGUAAAUUGGUGUGAGACAUAAUUCAUAAAUGUUUAUUUUAAUCUUUUUAUAUUGAUGUACUGAGCAGUCUGUCUUUGCUGCUUUCAAAAGGCAAAGUGGAAUGUGAAUUGGGAAAGUGUGUCUGUGUGUGCAUUUAAAUCAUGAAUCAGCAGGGUUCUUUUCCAACAUAUCGAUGGCAUGCCUCCUGCUUUAGGUGUGAGCUAGAUGUGUGCCAAUUUGCAGUCAAAAAUUGUUUGUUCAGGCUUCGUGUUCUUGCAUUCUUGUUUCAAGCAAUAGGAGUCUUCUUGUGAAUGUUCAAGCCAAGAUUGUAGGGUUAAUAAACAUCUCAUGGGAACUAGAAAAACUUUAUUCAGUUAUCACAUGCCCCUUACUGAGGCACUUUAACCCUUGUUGAUAAUGGCCUUUAAACUGGUUUAUUUUUAAUUUUUUUUUUGCUCUGGUUUUAAGUAUCUUCACAGAAUUAUGAUUUUGAUGGUCACAUUUUGUUAAGCAUCAAAAGAUGAAAAACAAUACGAGUAGACUAUAAUCAAAAUUGUUGUGUAAUCUGAUAUGAUCAAACGAUAGCUGUGACAAAUAUUUGUGUGCUUUAUACAGUUUUUACACCAUUAUUUACAGACAAAAAAAAUAUUUGUCACCUGAUAUGGCUGUUUAUACUUUAAAGUUUACUUACCGUAGACAUAAACAUAUGUCAGUUCCUCCGCCUGCCCGAUCCCCUCGUUCCUGCCAAUAAAGCAUUUUACAACAUAAUCCCAUUCCAUCCUUUUUCAUUGUAUGCAUUACAUAAUAAAGUUGAUGUAUGUUACUCGCUAGUGAACACUGUCAUAAAACUUAACACCAUCAAUCUUUUCAUGUACUCUCAACCUUCUUCUGUUUGAAAAGUAUGAAAAGGGAGGUUGGCAGCUAUGUGUUUUAUGUAUCAAAUAUUUUGAACACAUUUCUGCCUUCGCAGUGUUGAUGUCUUCACUUGCAGCAAUCAUAAGCACACAGUUUUUUUAGUUGUUUGCUGUGUCCGUGUACACUUUGUGGCUCUUCAAAUGUGUAUGGUUGUCGUAGUUUUUCCUUUGAGUAUGUACAUGCUGCAAGUGAGUCUUGCUGGUUGUUAUUUAGUAUUUCUGUGGUUGCAUUCUCAUUAUGACACUUUCUUUAGAGUGCCAUGAUAAUUAAUCACAUUUUGUAUGCUGCUGUUCAAGGUCUUUGCUUGUUUGUUUUUCUAGAGUGCUUUCCAUGUAAUACUUUUAUUUACCCAGUUACUGUCCGGGGCAUUUGGUACUUAAUGUAGAUGUAACUAGUUUUGGUGCACAAAACUGCAGCAAGCAAGAGGGCUUGUAAAUGUUAUUAAUGACUGUCGAUAUUGUAAAAAUGUCUGAUGUACACCUUGCCUCUGAGCAGGAACAGAUUUUUGACGUUUACUUGAGACAGGGUGCGUUUAUUCCGGGUGUUGAUUAACUGGCCAGUCUGUUCCUGGUGAAAGGGACAUGAAAGUAGAGAUGGAGAGGGUGAGGUGUUCUCUGGUCAUGUUCACCACCGUAGAGUUUUUGUCAUUAUGGCUUUAUGACUGUCUGGAUGCAAGUUUGUCUGAAUGCAUACAAUGUUAAAUUGCUGAAGAAAGUUAACUACUUUUCACAAUUUUUGUAGGCUUUAAGUAAAAGAUUGGGUUAAAAAUAUAUAUAAUUUAUUAUAAUGGAAAGUUUACUAUGCAGCAUUAGUUUGUUUUAAUGCGUGCAGUGAUGCAUUACUAGGGUCUGUAAGCAUGGCUGAUAGAUUGCUUAAAGAGGAUAGGGCUAGCUAUACAGUUGUACUAUUCAGAAACUUAUUUUUAUAGAGUUUGAUAUAAUUUGUACAUUAUUGUAAGGUUGUGCAAAGUUUUGGUAGGUGUAGAAGUGAGGAACAGGAUUAGUUGCACUGAUGUGCUGGUUGUUACCUUAUAGGAAAAACUGGGCUUUGCAGUCUUGAUACUGUUUCAAGUAACCAGAUUGUCUUUAACCAUUGGUUGUGCGAAUUUAUGGUUGAUGUUAGCUGUCAUAAUGUGUCUUUAAAUGGAAGAUGUGUAGACAUCAGUCAUUAGCACAAAUAACUGGAACUGACACCUCGGUACUGUAAUAAUAUUUUAUUGACCAAUGAAAGGGCAUUUGUAAGGUUCAUGCAAAUUUUACUGUGCAGGGUUGUUUGAGACAAAGUUGAGUUUUCCUUUUAUUUUAAACCAUUAAACAGUUUUAUAAAUGCUGGUUCAGAAGAUUAUUUUAUAAUUGUUUAAACAAAUACAUUUGGGUUAAAAGUGGGUCGGGAUGGCAGAUAAUUUCUAUAAAACUGCAUUUCUAAGUCAAAUAAUUUCAUAUGCAUAUUAAAUACAAGCUGUCUCAAAAUGCUCACUCUGGUAUCUUCAUAUUUUUGUUCUAAUGCCUGAUAGUAUCAUUUUGCACAAGGUCACAAAUUCAAGAUGACCUCUGAGGUUGUUCCUUAUUGUGUAUGGCUUGAGUGUUGUGUCCUUCAGGGAUAACGUGUCUGUAUUUCUGGAUUUGGGAUUUGUGCCAGCUGUAUUCAUUGGCUUUGUUAUGUGCAGUGCAGGCCAACUGCCAUGAAGUCAUGGAACUGCCUCCAAUCUGCUGGUUGGCAUACUGCGUUGUAGUGCUUUGUGUUACAUUGUGUACUUGUGUGUAUGUGUGUGUAUGCAUGCUGGCUAGCAAGAGAAAGUGCAAGCAAACGUGUAUUUUGUUUACAUGUGUAUGAAUGCAGUUAAUUAGUACGAAUGACUCAUCUUCAGACAAAUAAAAUAUUUUGUACUUCAUCUCAGUCUUGUUAGUAUGGACUGAAGAGGUCAGCCAGGAAAUGUGAAUCAAGUUUGUGCGUUGACUUUACAUGCUGUACAAGAAUAUACACAUACAAGAGUAGAUGAGAGUGUCUGCAUAAAGGAGUAUAAUUUCUAAGGCCGACAAAAGUAGUUUCUUACUUAUAUCUACAGACACUGAGCAAGUGCAGAAAACUUCAUAAACACUUGUAUAUGGCUGUGUGCAUGUAUAAAUGCAAAUAAAAAGUUCAGAAUAUCA